GAUACAGAUAUCUAUAUUGGGUACAGACACUUCGGUGUUAUUGGCGGUAAUUUUGAUAAAUUUGCAACUUCUAAAGCAGAAAAAGAUAAGAAUGGUAAUGUUAUUGGUUUCAAAUCAGAUCCGAGUACUACCACUACUUUAAAAAACAGCUUUUUCGGUACACAUGGCGUGGAAGUUGGUAUGACCGUUCGCUUUGCAAGCUAAUCUGCAAUGUUAACAGAAAUUACACAGUUUUUUAUAUAUAUAAUAGUUUUAUAAUUAAAGGAGAUUAACAUGACAACACUAGCAAAUAUGAGCACUACAUUGAAUGAUGUUACCGUACAAGACUUAUUAGAUUACACAGAAUUUACAAACGGUUUGGUUGACAAACUAGCAGGUAAACUUGCUAAACUUAAUGGUGAAAAUGCCACUGAGGCUGGAGUAACUGCUAUGCUAGGAAAGUUGACGACAGAUAAAGUUAUUACGACUAAGGCACUUACAGCUCAAUUAGCUGAUAAGGCUGAUAAAACUGCUUUAGAUGGUUUUGCUAAACUUGAUGGUUCAAAUAUUGACGUAGGUAAGUUUUCAGGUAAGCUAACAACUGAAGGUAGCAGUACAAUCAAAACUGAAUUAGCUAAGAAGGCUGAUAGCACUGCUUUAGAAAGUAAGGCUGACAAAACUGGUAGCAAUAUUGAAGUGGAGCCUUUUUCAAAUACACUAGCGGCUAAACUUGUUAAACUUGAUGGUACAAAUGCCACUGAUGCUGGAGUAGCUGCUAUGUUAGGUAAGUUGCAAGAUAAAGUUGUUACGACUUCAAAAUUUACAGAAGAAACAGCUAAACUUGCUAACAACGAUGCUAGUGAUAUUGACGUAGAUUCUAUUGCAACUAAAUUAGAAAGCAAAUUUGCUACAACUACAAAACUGACAGAAGAAACAGCUAAACUUGCCCACAAAGAUGCUAGUAACAUUGAUGUAGUACAAUUUUCAACCAGGCUCACAACUGAAGAUACUAGUGCAAUCAAAACUGCUUUAGAUGGUAAGGCUAACACAUCUGACUUAGAUAAUAAGGCUGACAAAACUGCUUUAAAUGAUUUUGCUAAACUUGAUGGUACAAAUGCAGAGCAAGGGGCAGCAUUGCUAAACGCAAUUCUUAAUGUUAAGAGCAGUACUGAUUCUAAACAAACAAUCCUUGAAGAAAGGUUAACUAAAGCUGGUGCUGUUGAUGUAGGUCAGUUUGUUAAACUUGAUGGUACAAAUGUAGCAACUUCUGUAGAUAAGGGAAAAGCAUUAGCAGAAGCAAUAUUUAGUGUGAAGGAUAGUGGUGGUAGCACAACAAUCCUUGUAAGUGAAUUAGCAGAUAAGUUUGCUGUAGCUGGUAGUGCAAGUGGAGAAAAAAUA